CGGGCACAUCAGAUCUUCAUCUUUUGAUUUCAAUCUUCGAAGAUCAUCACAGCAAACUAGGAUUUGAAGAUCAAGGACUAAAGUCCCCACUCGCAGUUCAGCUCCUAUACCAAGAUCCACGAUGGAAGCAAAUUGAAGCCUUUCAAUAUGUAAGCGUGUUGUUUAUGGAUGAAG